AUGUUUCGGAUGUUCCUUCAGAGUUGAAGAUAAAUACUUCCUAGUCCAAACCUCCCGCAGGACGACGGGGGAUGGGAGCGGGCAGGGUUUGAACCCGGGACCAUCGAUAAAUCUGAAUGACAGUCCAGCGUGCAAUCCGCAUGACCAGGCAGCCAUCCAAGGGCAGGAUGCAUUCAUGAGGACACUUAAAUGAUGUCAGAAUCCAGGGACACCACUAGGAAACAGACCCAGCAUGAAGCAGAGGAGUCUCCGACUGAAAGUGCAGCGCAAGAUCUACUCAGAGAACAUGAAAAAUUAGACUCUCUCUUAUGCUUGAUCCCUCGCAAGGCUCAGCAUGGUAUUCUGAUGUCAUGUGACCUGAUUUUGACAUGCAUCGAUGCAAACAGCCACUUUAUUGCUCUAGGGUCUAAUGUUGGGAUAAUAUUUCUUUUUGAUCGUAAACACCACACAAUACAAAAAUUCAAAUCUGCUAAUACUAGUGAUGUUAUCACUUCCGUUCGACUGCAUCAUGGGAUAGAUGAUCUCAUAGCCACUGGGACAGCCUCAGGAGAUGUUACAGUGUUCUGUAUGCCUGGCAUCACCUCCAUUCAGAAGAAACAGCUUCAGAAGUUUGAUGUGCUGGGACUGCAUCGACACUAUGUUACCUGCCUUGAGUGGAGUACCAAUGGGAUGAAGCUCUACAGUGGAGACAAGAAUGGUCAAGUGGUCACAACUGAAAUUGAUUUCUACAAGGGUCAGUGCUCAUCCAGCAUCUUGUUGAUAGAAGCCACCACUGAGAUCAUUCAGCUAGACUACAGACACAGGGCUUUGCUUGUAUCCACGCGCCAUCGAAGCUUCAUUAUUAGAUUGGAUUUAAAAUCUGAAAUAGUCAACAUUGGAAGUAAAGACAGAAAAAUCCCAGGUCCAUUCGGAGCAUGCUUUAUUCCUGGAUUGUGCAAGACAGAUGAUGCCAAGCUGUAUGCUGCGAGACCUGGCUGUCGACUCUGGCUGGCGGAUAUGAAAGGCGUUGUCAGCAACACCAUCAUCUUUUCUGACCCAAUGUCUUCAUCCAUUCCUGAGAUCCCGCUUCUGUCUGUUGGAAGGCUUCAGAUGGCCGGCCCGUCAGAAUUCCAGUUUGGAAACCUAAAAUGGCUAGGUAACAAUCAGAUUGUGACUUGGUCAAGCAGUGCCCUGGUUGUUCUUGACCCAGAAGCCAACCGGGUGGUUGCUAAACAAGGCAGGCUGAGUGGCAUUGUAGAUGCUGCUGUUGUGGAGGACACUGGGGAGAUUUUCUUACUGAGGCGACACGCCGAGGCCAGAGUUAUAAGAAUAGCCAGCAAGCCUGAGGCUAAACCAUAUAAAGAGGUUUUAAUGUCAACAUUAUUGGCCACUCAUGAUGAAAAACCCUGGACAAGUUUGAAAGAAGAGGAUAAGUCGGUGAAGGAAGCAGACGACAGCAUAAAUAGUACCUUGUCUUUUUUUAAGAAAUUGACCAUUCCACUGAAAAAAAACGACAAGCCUUUGAUUUCUGACAGUUUGGCAAAUCCAACUGCCAAUAUUCCAUCGGCUAUCUUGACAUCUAAUAAAGAAACAUCCCCAGAUCUGCCUCCCAUUGUAAAGAUUGCCUCCCCUGAACUCGAAGGUGUGAAGCUUUACACAGAAACAGAUUCUUCUGUGACUACUAACACUUCUAUAGUUUCUCCAACCAUUGCAGAAGCUCAUCCUGCCACUGUGUUGAAUGCCUAUCAUGAAACUCACCUUCCCAGCAUGCAAUAUUUAGAUCCAGAUGAGAGUAUUGUCUUCAAACACAAGGUCAAGAAAACAAAACGAAAGAAGCAUAAAACAGGGUCACGUGAAGGGAAAGAAAAAGACGAAGAUUCUGUCAGUCAAACUAGCCAAAUCUCAGACGACCUUUCUGUCACCAUGACACCAAACAACACCCCGGCUGUUGAUUCCCCGCUGGACACCUUAAAGAAAGCUGACGAUUUCCUUAAGCAUAUGGCCAGCAUUCUGCAAGAUGAUAGCCUGAAUCGGCAGCAAACAUGGGAGUCUGCUGAUCCAACUACUGCGGAAGAUGUGAUUACCAGUAUUGUAAAUGCUAAUGAAACAGCACACAAUUUGAACUUCGAAGAAACGCUGCAUGAUUUUGCUGAGCCUCAAACGAACUCGGCAGAGAAUAUUCAUGAAUCAGUGUUAAAACCUGAAGCUUGUUUAUUGGUUGAAGCUGAACAAGCUAAAUCACAAAGUGACAGCUUGCAUUGUGAUGUUAAUACUACAGAAGUAGAACCAUUGUAUUCUAAGAACACAGUUAAUGUCGUAGAGUCUGUUUCAGCCUAUUCAGAUGUUCCCAGGUCUUCCACUAAAAUCAGCGCUAGUUAUAAACUAGAGAACAGUGCCACACAAGCAGACAGUGCUGUAGAAUCCAACACUAUUAAUCGUAUGCCAGCUGAACCAGUUUGCUCAAGAAGCGAUAUUGAUAUCAUUGACACAGCAUUGGCUAAUAUAGAAAUGGCCAAGUCUGCAAUGAUAACUCAGGCUGUAACUAGGCCAAAUCUCGAAGACUCACAGAGCACAGAGGGGCAGAUAAAAAACAAACAGUUGUCUGGCUCUAAUGAUGAGUUCAGUGAGGUCAAGGCCAUUGAAGCCACUGACCCAUUUAGAAAAAAUUACAAACGAAACAGCGUGACAGACGAUUUUUAUUCACAUUUCCUGGACACGUCCCCGGAGUCUCCAGAAUCUCCUGUUUCUAAAACACCCCGCUCCCCAACUUCAGCACCCGUGAUACUGCCCCCGUUGGAUAAAAAUAGGCUUGAAAUGGGAGACAUUGCAAAGCGGUCGUUGGCCAAUACCUGGUCAGAGUUCACCACACCUGCCAACAUCUACAGCCUUGUGGUGAGCCACACCCACGUGUGGUUCACUGACAAGAGUGAAAACAUUUAUUACUCCUCUAUGGGUAGCCCUAAAGGGGUCGUCUGGCGGAAGGCCACUGGCAAAGCUAACCAGAUCUCUGUCUCACCUUCUGGCCACAUUGUGUGGCGGUUGCACCAUGGCGUGGUCCAUGCAGGAACCAAAAUCAACCUCCGACACCCAGAAGGCUUGAAGUGGGUGGAGGCGAUCAAAGAUGUGGAAACAAUGUGUGUGGAUGACAAGACUGCCUGGUAUGUGAAAAAAACUGGCGAGGUCAUGAUGCAGAAAGGUCUUUCGCACGAUCGUCCGUGCUACAAGUCCGUUGAGGUGAAGUGUCCCUACAGGCUCAAGCACAUUGUGUGUAGACAAGGCAUUGUUUGGGCCAUCACAGAGGGUCUCAAGUUGGUGGUCAGAACUGGCAUUUCUAACCACUGUCCUGAAGGACAAGAUUGGUUGCUUGAUAACAGGGAUCUGCCUCCAUAUUUGUUCUCCCAUGUGGCCAUAGAUCAUGAGAGGAUUGGCUGGGCAAUAGAUCUAGUUGGUCAAAUUUGGUUCUGUGAUGGAGUUAGCCAAGAGAACCCACUGGGCUCUGGAUUCUGGUGGCAGCUGCCGCUAAGUGAGUACAUACUCCAAGAUGAGACAACCCUGGACAUGAUUAAAGCUGUGGCCAAGAAGUUUGACCCCACCAAGCUAUCUUAUUUACUAAACACCAACAGGGGAGGUCUCAUUACUGCUGGCACCCAGGGUGUAUGGCUGGCUCUGGACUUUAGGAAUGUACUACAAGUCUGUAGAGGCAGUGUACAAGGUUAUCUUUGGUUACUGGCACAGCCUUCCCAGAUCUCUCCUUCUGUGCCUUGGAAACAUAUCUGUGCUAACAUUUCACAUUUAGACUGGGGCUUAGUUUGGGCUCAACUAACUAAAACAUCGGAGAUCUACACUUUCAAGCAAGCCCGUUCAAAGGCAACCAUGAUACCAGUGACAUCAAGUCAUGAGGAAUUUACUUGCAUCUCCGUGAGUCCAGUGGCAGCAUGGGCAUUGACGGACAAGGGAGCGGUCAAGGUCAGAGCUGGAAUGGGUCCACACUGUCCUCAAGGAAGCAGUUGGGUUGACCUCGACAUUUCACAGUUAGGCGAUGCCAAGUUUGUUCACUUAUCCUGCAAUUCUCUGUAUGUCUGGGCUGUUGAAGCCGAGGGUGUCAUCUAUCAGAGAAUAGGAGCUGGGGCUCCAGACGAGAACAACUUAAACCCUGUGUGGCUCCCGAUUGAAACAUUUGGAGAUAUUGUGUUUACCAGAGUUCAUGUUGGACCAUUAGACUGGAUGGUUUGGGCAAUAGACAAUCGUCGGCUGAUCUAUGUUAGAGCAGGCAUUAAAGAAGAUAUGCCAAUCGGUUUGGAGUGGAUACAUGUACCUGGAAUACAAGCCAUUGAUUUGGCUCUGACCAACUCUGGAGUUUGGGCCCUGACUUCAAAUGGAGAAAUUUUCUUCAGAUUUGGCAUCUCCAAAGAAAGACCUUAUGGUGACUACUGGAAGAAGAUACCUGGAAUCUUUAUUAAAAUUUCAGCGUCUGCUGCUGAUGAACUGUGGGGGAUUAACAGGGAGUGUCAGCUGAUGCAGUGCAGCUUGCGGAGCUUAACUCGCCAGCAUGAGACAGGAGAAGUGCCAGUGACGAGGCUGCAUAGCACUGACAGUUGUAGCGAGGACAUAGACUGGGAGAUUGUUUGAAUACUAACAUUGUAGUGAUAGAGCUCGGGAGGACAUCAAUGGGAGAUCCAAGAUGUAAUCAUUGUUUUGUGUAUUGCCAUAAAGUUGUGUUUUUUUGUCCCUUCAUUGCUCAGAUGUGUUUAUUUUAAUUUGAACCAAAGAGAAAUGAUACAAUACAAUUGUACAUUAACACAUUUUCACUUAUUUAUCACCAAAACCAUUGCUAAGAAAAUAGUAUCUUUCUGCAGUAAUGGAUGUGGGAAGCGUGGUCGAGAGGCUAAGUGCGCUUGAGCUUGGCUUGUCUUGGCUACCUAGAAGGGGCCUCGAGGUUCGACACCCGACUCGGGCAGAGUUGUGUUUACUGAGCGCCUAAAGGCAGCACGGAAAAACAACUCCUAGAUACCCCCUUGCUAUAAGCAUGAAAGUAGCGCUAUAUAAAAAGCUAUAAUAAUAAUAACAUUUUUCAACUAAAUAUUGAAGCUUUAAAAUCCCAAGGAACCAGUAUCUUAUGUUCAUAUGGUCAGUUUAUGUUUAUUCCGCAUACAAGUUGCAGUAUUUCUUUGCUUUAAAUUUUGUGUUUCAUUUGUGAAGCUUGGAUAAGAAACGUUUUAUUAAAUCUUGUUAAAUGUUAUGAUAAAGCUAUUCUUGCUGGGUAAUUGGCGCAACUCAUUAGAAUGAGGAAUUUUGAGAGAAUCUGAUAAAAAGAGACUUAAAAUUUUCUAAAUGGAAAUCUGGUAUGCUUAGGUGGGUGCGCACAAACAGUAUCCAAGUCUAGCCUUUUGUGUGAUUUUCUAUUAAGUGCAAUUUUGUUUAGUAUUUAAGAUUUUAAAUUAAUUUUUUCCUUCUAAAAGAAUGUAUUUUUACAUGUCUAAAAAAUUGUAACAAUCCUUUUUUUUUUCUUUUUAAAAGAUUGCAGUUUUUAUAUAUAUUUUGUUUUAACUUACUAUAUGUGUUGUUAUAUUUUUUUAUUUACCAGAAAUAUUUAAUGUUUUCAGCAGGUUUGAUGUCAUUUGAAUAUUUUUCCCUUUCUUUUGUGAUCAUUUCAAAAUAGAUUGAAAUCAAGAUGAUUUAUAGCUAUUGAGAGGAAUAUGUCAGAUAUCGUUUAAUUAUUCCUAAGCAAUCUUCAAAUUUUAGGUCAUCAUUUGGAGAUAGAGUUGUCUUAACUUACAUCUCAGGAGUUUAUUAAUAGAAUUAAUCGCUAAAUAAAAUACAGAGAGCUUUACA